AUGAGCGGUGACAAGGAACCUGAGAAACAUCUGCUGCGUCAUGUCACGGCACAGCAGCUUGGACAAUUGAAGAAGAAGGCAUUAGAAGCUCGAGAAUUGAGCUACAGUCCAUAUUCGAAAUUUAGAGUUGGUUGCUGCAUCCUAACAAAGGAGAACAAGUUUGUUCUAGGUGCUAAUGUAGAGAAUGCUAGUUAUGGAGGUGCCAUUUGUGCGGAACGCUGUGCUGCUGUUAAGGCCGUUACUGGCGGUAUGAAAGAAUGGCUUGCCAUUGCCAUCAGUGGUGACAGAAUGGAAGACACUAUCUCGCCCUGUGGGAUCUGCAGGCAGUUUAUCAGAGAAUUCGCUAGCGGUGAAUUUCCUGUGAUUAUGCUUAACGGUGAUGGAUCAAAGACUGUUGUAAAGCCAUUUGAAGAGCUUUUACCCUUGAGCUUUGGCCCCGAUUCUUUAUAA